AUGGGCGAGUCGUCAAGGCCAAAGGUCUUUUUUUUCCUUGGCGGUCCCGGCUCCGGCAAAGGCACGGCAUGCGAUUAUCUUGUGAAGGAGUUUGGGUUCACCCACUUCAGCGCCGGAGACCUUCUCCGUGAGGCAAGCAAGAGCAAUAAGAGCGAUGUGGAGAAAAAAAUUACGGAGAUAAUUCGUAUGGGGAAUAUUGUGCCCUCCGAGAUAACAGUGGAAUUGCUCUCAAACGCCAUUGCAGAACACCCCAACCCUCGCGGGUAUGUCAUUGACGGAUUCCCCCGUAAGAUGGAUCAGGCACUCAUGUUUGAAGAAGGAAUAGCUCCUGCGAAAGGCAUAUUCUACUUUGAUUGCCAUGAGGAAACGAUGGAGGCACGGGUACUGCACCGCGCCAAAGAGGGCUCUGGACGGGAUGACGAUGAUAUUGAGGUUCUUCGGCGUCGCUUCCGCACCAAUGUGGAGCUUUGUAUGCCCGUGGUAGAGCGGUACAAGGCUGAGAACCGCCUCCAUACAAUAGACGCUAAUCGCAGUCGAGAGGAAGUCUACGGAGAUGUGAAGCGAGUUAUGCUUCAGCUCGGUGAGGUGCCGCUGUAG